GGAAGCAUCACAAGUUGAUACUCUACGAUGAGAAGAGAGCAGAAACUUCCGUUUCUUUCGAGUUAACUGGUCGUUCGGUAGGUGCGCCUGUCACAAGCUGAACUUAGAGACACUGGGUCAUGGGAGCUUGCAGGAUGAUGGACUUUUGCAUUGCAGGUUGAUGUUUUGCUGCUACAGUGCACACACAAUGCACCACAAACGCCUUGCUAGCGGUGCCAGUCUGUGAGCUUGACACGGAGAAUCAAUGGUUCGGCAUGCUGAGGUCACUGAGUCUGUUGCUCUGUGUACAUUUAGGAUAUCAAAGAUUACUGUCGAAGAGCGGCGCCCUUCGAUUGUGCUUCUGUUCUUGAGAAGCAACCUGUCUGCAGCAGAUUGGUCAACACAUUUAGCCCAACGGUGCCUCACUGUUGGUUAAUGUGCUCGGAUUGUAAGCACGAUAGUGCAUGCUUGCUACUGGCACCAAUUCAAUGCACCUCACAGGCUUCAACAUUUCUAGGAUGAAAUAGAGAGCAACGCCCAAAUUUACAUGAAAGGUUAAACAUGUUCAUGAGGGAAGCAUCGCAAGUUGAUGCUCUACGAUGCGCAGAAACUUCCGUUUCUUUCAAGCUAACUGGUCGUUCGGCUACUGAACUUAGAGACACUGGGUCAUGGUAGCUUGCAGGAUGAUGGACAUCUGCAUUUUGCAGGUUGAUGUUCUGCUGCUACAGUGCACAAACACUUGAUGUGCUCGGAUUGUUCUGCAGUGCAGAAUGAAGUUUGCUGUGCAAAUCUUCGAGUCAGGAAGACUCCAUCUGGACGAAGGCAAAAACAAACUCAACUAAUUAGUGAAAUAGGUAAGCACGCAGAAUGAAGUUUGCUGGAACUUGAAGACCUUCGCUUCUUCUUUGUUACAAGUCACAGCUAUCCACCUGAGCUCAUGCAAUCGGAGAAGGUUUUGCAGCAAUGCAUAAUCUCAACCACUUGCUGUAAACUUGGGAUUUUGACCUGUGUCGGAUAGAUUCUACUUCGGACUGCAAAACAUCCAGUCAUGAGGACUCCAAAAUCUGGACGGAGGCAAAAGCAAACUCUGAAGCUACUUAAAGAUCUCCUCAUCAGAAUUAAGUUUGCUGGAACUCAACUUGAAGACCUUCGCUACUUCGUUGUUACAAGUCGCAGCUAUCGACUUGAGCUCUUUUCAAGCUUCCCAAAGCACAAACAGAUGCUGCUGCUAGGUUCUAGCCUGCGAUACUCUAAGGACUGCAAUUUGGCCCUACUCUUGAUUCUUGAGGCAAUCUAGCAACCAAACUUAAGAGGAACUGUCCGGCCUAAAGAGCUGCAGCACUUCUGAAGCUCUUGACAUUCCAGCCGUCCGAGGCAAUAUGGGGCAGUUCCAUGCAUGCAAAUGCUAAUACUGAGCUGGAGGUGUACAAAGCCUCUGGCUGCGAGGCUGCACACACACAUGUCUGCAGCAAAUUGGUCAACAAAUCUUGCUCAACGGUGCCUCAGUGGCACGUCGGAAUGGUCCUAUGCUUUUUACUGGCACCAAUGCACCUCACAGGCUUCAACAUUUCUUGGAUGAAAUAGAGAGCAACACCCAAAUUUACAUGAAAAUUUAAAUGUUAAGCGUUUUCAUGAGGGAAGCAUCGCAAGUUGAUACUUUAUGAUGCGCAGAAACUCCCGAUUCUUUCAAGUUGAUCGUUCGGCAGGUGAGCCGUGCUUUUUUGCGUGGUCUGGGCUGUUGUUUUCGCCAAUUUGCCCACGUGAAUUUGCCUACGCGAGGGUGCUGAGCGAUGUUGUAUGUAAGAGGUGCUUUCGCGAAAGGCUUUGCAAGGAGUUUUGUUUAGCUGUUAGCUUCAUUCUACAAAGGACAUGCAUGAAAAACACCGGCCUUCGCAAAAUGGCCUUCACAUGCCUUCGCAACGAAACACUGUAGACUCUACGCGAAAUGGCUAUGCAAGCCUUCGGGCGUCAUGAAACACGUGAGGACAUGCUUUCACAGCCAUGACAAGAGUUCCAUGUAGUUAGCGCUGGGUUCCGGGAAAAAAACGCAGGUGCGCCUGUUACACGCUGAACUUAGAGACACUGGGUCAUGGGAGCUUGCAGGAUGAUUGACAUCUGCAUCUUGCAGGUGGAUGUUUUGCUGCUACAGUGCACACACAAUGCACCACAAACGCCUUGCUAGCGGUGCCAGUCUGUGAGCUUGACACGGAGAAUCAAUGGUUCGGCAUGCUGAGGUCACUGAGUCUGUUGCUCUGUGUACAUUUAGGAUAUCAAAGAUUACUGUCGAAGAGCGGCGCCCUUCGAUUGUGCUUCUGUUCUUGAGAAGCAACCUGUCGAAGAACCUGCCCUGUACGGUACGCACGGACUGGGCAGCUGCUGCAAAACACAUGGACAGUGUUUCCUAUUCUUCCAAUGUUCCCACUCGGAGUGCAUUAUCACAGGUCACCACAUUUCUCCAAGCGAAUCUGGGCAGACCAAACUCUGAGGCUAGUUCGAUAGCUCCCAAUCAUAAUGAAGUUCGCUGGAGCUCAAUCUAAAGACCUUCAAUCCCCUAGAAGUCCAAAGAAGUAAGGGAAGUUCCCUUUCAGGUCCCCUAAAGACCAUUCUUUUUGUAGUCUUUGACUACCAGGGAAUCCUUCUUUUCCAAGUAUAUGAUUAGAACCGUUUUCAAGCACUGCGCAACGCGACUGCCCCAAGUGUUGCCGCACCUUUCUGGACAUCCUGAUGGUAUAACAUGGCGUAACAGCGGCUGUCAAGUGGUGAAUGUCAGCUGCCUAGUGUUGGAUAUCCGGCUUGAACAUCUUGAACUGACUAAUUAUGAGCUUUGGAUGCAACCAAACAAUGUUGUUUUAGAGGAAGAGAUGCCUUUACUGAAGGCCUGCAGCACUGCUGAAGCUCCUGAGCCUCCCCGACAACAAAGCCCCUGGCUAAGCCAUCUGGGGUGGCAUGGCAGCUCAGCAGGUGCCCUCCAUCACCUGCCAAAGCUUCGCAUCAAUUCUGCAGAAAGGACUCGAGACCGCAACAGCUUUGGCACACCUGUGCGAAAAUUUAUUCUGUUCCGAAACGAACUCCAAUGUUUCCUCACAAGUUGUCCACAGGGCAUUUCAAAUGAGACUCGGCCUACAAGUGUUCAAACUCUCCUGGUGCCAGGUGAAAUCCAACAAAAGCUCAUCAUCGUGACAAUGACGCUCAUCAUCAUCGUCAGGAAACCUCUCUAAGGUUUCGACCUGGUGGUUCUUGUCGGAACUCUGAAAAAACACAAGACUCUUCCAACAGAGGUUGAAUGACCCGAACAUUCGACUAUCCCAUACCCCAAGUGACGGGUCCGAACUGGUCCCGGGAGACCUGGCUACCUCUCUUGCUGCCAUGGUUUCGGGUGCCAUCGAUCCACACCGACGUGCGCCGCUUCGUUCCGAGAGCUGCGGAUGUUCCGCGGCGAAGGUGGAAGUCGCCGUCGCAAAGCAUGGAUCUAUAGAGACUUGGGGUUUAGCUGAACAGAAUUGCAUACCCAGAGAUGGUUAAAGGAAAAAGGCCCAAAGACAGCUCGCGCACUUCACAAAAUGUGGGGCGAACAUGGCAGGCCAACCAGGUCUCAUUCGGCCUGGGCUGGCGCCCUUCAGGUUCCUACAGACUUUCUGGCGCUUAUCAUGAAACGAGGACCUAGCAAGAGUCGAACGUCUGACGUUUUACUCAAAAAGAUCCGACAAAUCUUCCAAAAAGGCCUCCGGAAAAUAGCAGCAAACCUCACGUUAACAUUAACCCACAUCUGAUCCCAAAAUGCAAAGAAUGCACAGUCGUCUUCACUUGUGGUGACGGGCACUUCCAAGUUCCGAAAGAAGCCAGGGCCGGAAACCAUCAACAGGGGCCUGCCAUUCUCAGAUGUGGUGAGAUGUGUGACACUUCCUAUUUUGAAGACCGGCAAAAACUGAGCAAAGCCGGACAGGGGAUCAUCUGCGCGCACAGCCAGGAUCCUCCGCAUACAGAAGCCGCGUGUGCAGACAAUCCCCGUCACCGCGUGUGCAGAC